AUGUCUAAAUCAGGCUCACCCACUCUCAACUUGUCAGGCAAGGUGGCUAUCGUGACGGGCGCAUCACGCGGCAUCGGUAGAGGUAUUGCACUUGAGCUGGCCCGAAGAGGAGCCAAGAUUGCCGCCACAUAUGUCUCCUCUGCCAGUGCCACAGCGGUAGACGAGCUAUGUGAUGAGAUUUCCAAGCUUGAAAACGGAUCUGUCUGCGUGGGGAUAAAAGAUGAUUUGAGAGACGUGCAGAGCUUCGCAGACAUUGUGCAACAUACUAGAGCAGCUUUUGGAGAAAGUAUCGAUAUCCUCAUCAAUAAUGCUGGCGCCGAGGUUGUAAAGGGCCUACAAGAUAUUACAGAUGAAGACUUCGACUUUGUGUACCAUUUAAAUGUUCGGGCACCAAUGCUUCUUCUCGGCCAGGUCCUACCACACCUGAGAGCACCAGGACGAAUCAUCAGUCUCGGAUCGGUUGGUGCACGGCAGGGCUUCAAAAACCUGUCUCUGUAUUGUUCGUCCAAGGCUGCGCUUGAAGGCAUGACCAGAUGUUGGGCCGCGGAGCUCGGUGCUAAGAAUCACACGGCAAACGUCGUCAAUCCGGGACCCGUGCAGAGCGACAUGCUGGAUAAAAUCCCCAAGGAUCUCGUUGAGAUGCAAAAGGUUCUGACGCCGCUUGAGAAUCGCUUGGGUACAUUUGACGACAUUGCGCAGAUUGUUGCUUGGUUGGCAAGUGAGGAGAGUCGCUGGGUGACUGGGCAGUCUAUCAGUGCGAGUGGCGGGUAUGAUAUGUAUUGA